CAGGUAGGAUACGCUGCAAUGCCAACCCCCGGUCCGCGCAUAUUCUGUAUGCAUGCGGGCAUGGAUUGCGGCGAGCAAAGGACCCUUUCUCCUCUGGAAUGUAUGCGGAUUGGCGCGCCCGCUCAAGCCAGGAAAAACCCCAAGGUUUCUUCAGCAAGAUCCUUUGCUCAUUGGGGGAAAAGUUGUCAAGUCUGAUCGGCGAGCUGCUGGGACACCCCCUUGUCCAAGGACCCCGAAAUCUGACAGCGUGUGGUUCGUGAUGCCGGGUGGUGUUGUUCACAAUAUGCAAACGGCAACAUGGAUUAAAACGAAUUGCGCAAGAUGACUUCCGCCG